UCCGGAUUAAGUCGCUCGUUUGACCUCUCCUGAUCCUUCGUCGACCAGUACUACGCUCUUUGUCUCGCUGACCUCUCCUUCUCCUGAUCCUCCUGAAUAACCUUGUCACUUCUUACUUGAUUGUGUUCUUGUCGCAUUAUCAGAAUGAAGACAAUCCUCCGGAGCGCAUUGCUGGCUCUGCUCGCAACCACCGCCGCCGCGGUCGGCACGGGAGCCUGCACCACCAGCGCCCAGCAGGCUGUCCAGAAUCCUUCCUUCGAGGACGGCACCACCGACUGGACCGUCGCGACAGGAGCGGCAGGCAGCGUUUACGACACCUACCGGACUUCGUCAGCCCCCGAUGGCAGCUAUGUCAUCGCCAUUAAUGGCGAUCUGGCCUCCAACGGCCUCUCCCAGACCCUGACCGAUCUGGCCGUGGGGAGUACAUAUACGAUCAGCCUGUACUGGCAACUCUUGUCGGUAGGCACAGGAACCUGUUCACUGAAUGUCUACAUCGACUCUGCGGAGAGCAGCAAUGUGGCGGCCACCGGGCAGCUCACGUCGGCAAGCAGUGCCUGGACCCAGGUUACUGGCCAGUGGACCGCGACCAGUACGACUCACAAAUUGAUGGUGGACUUCACCUGCACGGCCGGCAGCUUCUCGAGCAGCUCGGAGGUCAAUUUUGACGACAUCACUUUCACUGGUCCUACCGUGGUCAACUGCCCAACUUCGACUGCCCAGACUUCAACGCCGACUCCCACUCCGACGCCCUCCGUCGCUUCAGCGUCGUCCUCUACGCCUGUUGUUGCUACAACUUCUUCUAGCAGCCCAGCUGCCUCAUCCCCGGUUCUCUUCACCUCCGUUCCGGUGCAGAGCAGCAGCAGCGCAGUCACCAUCGUCCCCUCUGUUCGUCCAUCAUCGGCAGCGGUGCGGCCAUCGUCCAGCAUCCCUGUGCAAGCCUCAUCCGCAUCAUCCUCCGUUCGCGUGGCGCCAAGCCAGUCAACCCCGGCUCAUCAGCUCUCGACCGCAUUAUCUAGUGCGCCGUCCAGCUCCGCUGCAGUCCCGAGCCUCACGUCCACUGCCCUUUACGGUGGCAGCACCGCGAUCGCGGCGACAGAAACAGAUGUGGACGUGCUGACCUCCACCGUCUACGCGACCGUUACCGCGACUUUCACCGUCGCAUGUUGAUGAGCCUGAUCCUUAUCGACGGAUUUUUGAAGGUUGAACGGCUCUAGUAAUAUUCCAGCGUCUGUUGACUUGUAAUCAUGCAGGGGAGAGUAUUGUAAUAGUAGAGCAGUUUCUCUUAAGUAUAUCCAUAGAGUACCCUGUUAGGCUCAGGUCUUAUGAUAUCAAAGAUAUGAUCAUAA